UUGACUUGCCAUGACUAGCCCCAGGAACAGUUUCUCAAUGUUAAUGUUUGACAAGCAGGAAGAAGGGCCUCGGUCUUCAUAUCGCUCAGUCAGACAGCACAACCGCACUCUUUCAGUUCUCCUUCUCCCCUGGACUUUCUUUGUUUCACCGUGAAGGAUUUACACAGUCGAUCUUGGGCAGGAGGAGGUAUAAAAAAAAAGAUCAUGGAGGUGCUGGUGCUGAUCGACUUUGAGGGCAACAUGAGCGACGAGCUCACAGUGAAGAUGGGAGAUGUGGUCAAAAACGUCACCAAGGCCAGCGAGGAGGGAUGGCUGCAGGGGGACCUGCAGGGGAAAAGAGGCAUCUUCCCUGCUAACUUUGUCAAGGAGGUGCCAGUGUAUUUGAUUGGAGGCAACAUGCGGGAACCUCGAAGCUUGAGAAAAGUAAAGAAAGCAAUGCAGACGCGGAAAUGCGAGGUGGCCUUUGCCUACAGUCGUCAGAAUGAAGAUGAGCUGGAGCUGGUGGUCGGAGAGACCGUUGAAAUCAUCAGAGAGAUUGAAGAGGGAUGGUUGAUGGGGUUGAAAAAUGGCAAAGUGGGAGCAUUUCCCUCAAAUUUUGUCAAUGAAAUUUUUGUCUCCCCCAAAGAUGCAAAGCACAGCGAGGCCAAGAUGAGACCAAAACUGUCCCAUGCCGUGUUCAGUAAGGGGCUGUCCCAGAGAGCCAGCGUGAGGAACAAAGCCAAGAACACUGUGGAGUGCUGCCAAGUCAUGUUUGACUAUAAGCCCAAAGCAGAGGAUGAGUUGGAACUGAACAAAGGAGACGUUGUCGUGAUACUGAACAAGGAAACAGAAGAUGAUGGCUGGUGGGAGGGCGAGCUAAACGGUUGCCGCGGCUUCUUUCCUGACAACUUUGUCAUGGUGAUACCACAGAUGGAAAGCGAGCAAUCUGGCAGCACAAACCAACCGCCUGCACGCAGCAACAGCAACAAAGUCUCAGUAAACACAGAAGCUUCGAUGAUGGAGAAAGGUGGUCCAACGAAGACAAAAGAUGACAAACAAGAGCCUAAAGAUCUGAGAAGCAACCCUCCAACCAAAGUCAAGUUGCCAAUCAUUAAUAAGCCCAGUCCACCUCCAGUCAAAGAUAAACCUAACCGGAUUUUACCAAAAACCAAUGGCCAUGCAGCAGCUGCCUUUUCACCAAAACAGCCAGAGGAGAAGGAGGCAGAUCAAUUCGAUGGGCUGGAUGUGCAGAGUGAAAAGCUGAGUCAUCCCACAGCAAACAGAGCCAAGCCUCCACAGAGGAGACCACCUUCAGCCCUGCCUGCAGCAGCACAACCUGAGAAUGAGACAGACCAGACAGAACCAGAGCCGUCACCAAAAAAGCCCCAAACAGACAAACUGUCGGGCUUGCAAAAGGACAAAGAAAUGGUCCUGCAAGCACCCGCCAAGCCAGAGCAUCCAGCCAGGACGCCGCCUCCGCUCCGACCUAAAGUGUCUGUGGGCAACAGAACUGUGAACAGUAAACAAGAGGCGACGGUGGAAGGCCUGCAGGCUGAGAUCAGAGAGCUGAGGAUGGCUCUGGAGCUGCUUCAAACACGACACGAUCAAGACAUACAGGAAGUGAAAGAAGCGCUGAAGGAGGAAAGAAGCAGACGACUGACUCUGCAGGAGAAAGUGGACAGCUUGCGGACGAAGCCUUAAUCUCAACACGGACUGGGACAGAACUGCUCGUCUGUGCUACAGUGCUCAGGCACAGAUUCAAGUUUUACUGGUGACGAGAGGAAGACGAGGGGGAGGAAAUGCUUCACCUGAAGACAUACAAGUGAGGCCCAUGUCAGACAGUAAAACUGGAAAAAAGCUCCACCUGCAAUGGACUGGAGAGACCUCAAAAAGACUUUCCCCUGACAUGCUGUUGAAUGAGCCUGUUCGAAUGCUGGAAAGGACCAGACUCAGUCCUGAGUGGGUUUUCUUGGUAGAAAAUUCAUGUCCUACACUGUUCUAUCUCUGCUGUCACAUUUUUUUUAUUGUUGGUUUCAUAUUUUUAACUGAUCAGCAGAAUCUGUAAUAUCUGUGGAUGUACAUAAAAGAAAAUAUUUGUGAUGUAUUUUGCAAAAAGAAAGUUAUUUUAAAGAGACAUUCCUACCUGGAUGUUAAUAAAGGAAACUACUGUCAAAAAACUCUGAUGGAGGUGAGUUUAAGGCAGUUAUAAGGAAACUUGUUUUCCCUGGGAUUGCUUUUGUUUAUUUAUUUUUUAAGAUAAUUAUAUAUUCGAUCAAAGAUGCUAUUAAAUCUCAAACCUGAGUGGUAAAUUAAAA